AUGGACACACAACAAGAUCAAUAAUUAAAAAAGAAUCAACUCAAAUUCCCAGUUUCCAAAGUGAAGAAGAUUGUGUAAGAAAAUUAAGAUGUGGGCAAAAUCAACAAUGUAGUUCCUUACGUUCUAACAAAAUCACUUGAAUUGUUUUUAUCAGACAUCCUCUCAAAAUGCAAGGAAACAUUAAAGGACAGGAAACUUAACAAGGCUACGCCUGGUUUAUUGAAGAUAGUCUUAUAGGAGUCUCAAUACGAUUUUAUGAAGGAUUACGCUUAAAAAUUGCCUGAUUUGGAGGAGAGCAAAAAGAAGAAGAAGGGGUUUCAGUAGGAUGAAUAGAGCGACGAAUUGGGGAAGAAGCGUAAGGGGAAUGAUGAGUUUGAGAAGGUGGAGAAGAAGGCAGGAGGACGAAAAUCGAAAAGAGUUCGAAGAUAAUAAUCGGAUGAUGAUUAUGAUGAAGAUGAUUGA